AUGGAGAGACAGAGGUUACUGAGGGGGAAUGCAGAGGAAGGUGGCAGGCUUCCAUCCAUCACUCUUCUCCUGGCAGUGUUUUCCGCAGGGAUCGGAGGAACCUUUCAGUACGGAUACAAUGUUUCCAUUAUCAAUGCUCCUACCAUGCAUAUCCAAAAAUUCAUCAAUGAGACAUGGAACAUCCGAUAUAGUGACGACCUGGAUAGAGGUUUGCUGCGAUUUCUGUGGUCUGCAAUUGUUUCCAUGUUCACACUAGGUGGAUCUCUGGGGGCAUGGCUUGGAGGACACUUGGCAAUCAGAUAUGGUCGGAAAGGGACACUCUUACUCACUAAUAUCCCUGUUUUGAUUGGAUCCAUUUUGAUGGCAACAAGUAAACCAGCUGGAAUGUUUGAACUUUUAUUCGUCGGCAGGUUUCUUGUGGGACUACACUCUGGAGUUAGUCUGUGUGUGCAGCCCAUGUAUUUAGGAGAGAUUGCACCCAAAGCCGUGAGAGGAGCAAUAUGUAUGGGGACAUCAGUGUUCAUUACUGUAGGAAUUCUAACUGGACAGAUAAUCGGGCAGAGGGAGUUGCUUGGAGGAGAGGGACAGUGGUCAAUCCUCCUCUGCUCCAGCUGUAUUCCUGCUGUACUCCAGCUAGUACUGUUACCAUGGUUCCCUGAGAGUCCCAGGUACCUUUACAUUGAUAAAGGAGAGGAAAUGAAAGCCACACGUGCUCUCAAGAAAUUCCACAAUACAAAUUCGUACUUGAGUGAAUUGGUGGGUUUGGAGAAGGAAUGUGCAGUGGUACGUGUGCAGCAGUCAAAGCGACCUUGUGAACUUCUCUCUGAUCGCUCGACUCGAUGGCAGUUGAUCACCAUCGUCCUGAUGAAUAUGGCUCAACAAUUCAGUGGGAUCAAUGCUAUCUACUUCUAUGCCACCUAUAUCUUUAUUCAAGCUGGAAUUACUGAAGCGUAUAUCCCGUAUGUUACUAUGGGCACUGGGGCGUGCGAGUGCCUCGCUGCCCUAUGCUGUAGUCUUCUAAUUGAACGCCUUGGAAGGCGAGUGCUCAUUCUCGGUGGAUACUCACUCAUGGCUUUGUGGUGUGCUGCGAUGACUAUUACACUGACCUAUCAGGUUUCCUAUUUCUGGAUGCCCUACCUGACAAUGACCUGUUUGUUUGCAUUUAUCCUAAGCUUUGGCCUGGGACCAGGGGGUGUGACCAACACCGUGACAGGGGAACUGUUCACACAAUCCACACGUCCUGCAGCGUACAUGAUCAGCAGCUCUGUAAACUGGAUCAGCUUCUUCCUUAUCAGUAUCGUAUUCCCUAGUAUUGUGGAGGGUCUGCAGCAGUUUUGCUUCCUCAUCUUCCUGGCUGAGUGCCUCCUGGGGACACUGUUCAUAUACAUCACCUUACCCGAAACUAAAAACAAGUCCUUUCUGGAUAUUGAGAUGGAAUUUCGAGCUCGGAAUUUCAAGAACAAAAACACAGAGAGUCCCAACAGAGUCAUGAUGCUGUCACUUUCCCCAAAACUUUAAUUCGCAUCCAAAAAACCAGCCAGUCUGUUGCACUGUGAUGGACACCAUGGAAAUGCACCAUUGUCCUGGGUGAAAUCAUUCAGCCUGACUGCAGAAGAGAGGAAUUGAUGAUACUUCAUUUUAAGAGAAUUUAACCCACCUUACCACCUCCUGGGGAACUGAGCUGAGCAGUUUUGUGGACCAGAUUUUGAUUUGAAUUUUUACUGCAAUUACAAUCAGCACAGAUUUUCAGCACUUCAUCAGACGCUGAUUACUAAAUGAUUUAAAACUGAAGUGGAGGUGAGUUGGUAAAAAAAAUGUCUGAACGUUAUUAAAUUUGCUAUAGUCUUAAUAGAACUUAAAACACGUCUACCCAGAACUUCGGUCUAAACAUGUAACGAACAGAUAAAAUAAAAGUUAAUCAAAAAUCUAAUCCUGGUAUCUGGUUUGCACAACAGCGUGGUUACAGGGAG